AGCCACGCCCAUGCUCAGUGCCACGCCCACUAUCUCACUGCCCACUCCUCUGCGGAGCCCCGCCCUCUACUAGGCCACACCCCUCUGCAUAUCCCAGCCCCGCCCCUGACCCACACCCUGUCUCUGAGGCCCCACCUCUCCCAGCUGGCCCAGCAGUUCUGCCAAGGCUCCGCCCAACUCACCGACUGACUCCGCCCCUACCUUGACCCCGCCCCAACCCCUCACCCGCUGCCUACGGUUCCGAGCCCCGCCCAUGCCUGUGACGUCAUAGGUUACCGAGCUGUCAGGGGUCAGCACCCAACUGGGGAACAUUUUCCGGGCAGGCGUGGCGCCCAGCCAGGAAGACGCUGGUGUUGGUCACGUGACACAGACGGGAAGUGAGUGACCCCAUGACCCUCGUGACCCCGCGGCGACCCCGCUCACCCACACUGGCCCGAGCGGGGGCGGGGCCUAAGGAGCCGUUGCUGGUGACAUCACCAGGAACCUUGAUUGACACCUGGCAGCCACCUCCCAUAGGGAAUACGUCAUUCAACCCAGGCUCCGCCCACGGGGGCGGGGACGUGUAUAGAGGUGACAUCACCGCCCUGCCCAGCCCACACGCCACCUGGAAGGAGCCACAAACUCUCAUGUUCCCGCCCCCACCACGUCAAUCACUGCCGGCUCCGCCCACAGAGGGUGGGACACAGGGUGACGUCACCGCUGGAGCCCCGCCCCCUCCCGCAGACGGCCGCGCCGUCUUCCGUGAAAGCCCCGAUCUUGGCCCUGCAGUCGUCAAUCACCGCUGGCGUGUGACGUCAUCUCGCCACCCAGCGGGCUCCGCCCACCGCCGCCUCAGGCUCCGCCCACCGCGGCCUCAGAAAUAACUUUUAAAUAAAAAGAUUCACUAGAGAGAAGGCUCAGCAAUUCAGAGCACUUGGUGUUGUUACAGAGGACCCGGGUUCCAUUUCCAGAAUGCAUGCCAGUUAACCAUUUGCUGUAACUCCAGUCCCAGGCAUCUCCUGCCUUCUUCUCACCUCUGAAAAGAGUAGUUUUUGAAAUAUCGCCCAUACCCUCCUUGCUUCCUGAAGGUAAGAGUUCUUUCUCCUUUCUUCUGUCUUGGCUGUUGGGA